GUGACCUCUGGCAGGGAUGCUACGACGCUGGGGGGGGCGAUCCUGGAUGCAGAGGACGACCACCACAAAUUACGUCUCACAUUCAAGCCGGGAACCAACCGGUCGAAAAGGGAAGAUGCACUUUGUGAUGUGGAGUGGCCAGUGGUCGGAGCAGUUGGCCGAAGAGCACCGGGGCAGCUCGACCCAUCAUCGGACUAUGGCCCGGCCAUUCGUUCUGGGGUUCGGCGCCGCCGCCUUGAUUUGUUUACCAGUCAACCUCCUUCAGCCCGCCUACAAGGCUACAAGUAGGAAUGUAACACGUCAACUGGGCUGCUGCAGGUUAAUAUGGAUCUUGUCCUCUUCCUUCUCCUCCUUCCCACCUAGUCUAGAGGGGGUUAGUGAGGAGUUGACCCAAGAAGCGAAGUAAGUAUGAGUGAGGAGACAAAGGACGGGUUGGAGGUGCUGGUGUUGGUGCUGAUGCUGGUGCAGGUGCAGCUCCAGGUCUAUUCGUACUGGAGGACAAUAGGGAGUUCAUCUGGAUACUUCUUCCUGCUGGCGUCCCUUUGGACGGAUGCUCGGCUUCACAGGAGUG